UCAGCAGCUGUUAAGAGUUUGUAUAAAAAGAAAUGUUGCAGUCUAAACUUAAUUAUUAAAAAAGACAAGUUGUUAUAAUAGAGUGAUAUAUAAUAAGUGUUACACCCUGAUAAGUAAUUAUUAAUAGAAAGAAGUUUAAUAUUCAUUACAGUUCUUCAAUCACAGUUUUCCAGCCAUGUUGGAACUGGAUGACUUCAAAACUGUGAGCCCAGAUGAUUUAACCGCCGCUUUGGGUUUUCAAAUUUACAAGGAUUUGAAAAAUGAUCAAGGUGCCGAUUUCAAACCAAUCUAUGAUGAGAAUCUGAAAGUAUUUUAUUUAAUGGAGAACGAUAAGGCCUGUGUACCCGUUCUUCACACAAAGGAUAUAGACUUUAAAGUACUAAGUUUAUUGCAGGAAAAACUGAAAAGCCAUAUAUUUCUGGCCAUCGUAGACAAUACUGUCAAUAUAUUAUACUACCAAAUUAACGAUGGUCUCAGCGGCAAACCAGUUGACAAAAACUCCAUUUAAUAGCGAUAGAUACAUUUAUUCAAAAUCAUAUCAUAAAUAUAAGUUACAGUCACAACUUGAAGCUAAACAAAGUGACUGGACGCGGACCAAUCCGAUCUGACAGAUUUAAAAUGAAAUCGACGAUUAUAGCCGCAAGCUGUGGGCCUAAUAAUCAUAAUAAAACUGACAAUAGAA